GGGGAGUACCGCCGUACUAAUCCGCCAGGGGCGUGCGUGUACUAGUGGUCAUACUCUGUGACGGUUCCGCCAUUAGAAUGCGCUGCGAAUCAUUUAGCGCGAAUUUCAAGUAGAGCCGUAGCCAAGUUUAUGUGAACAUGGCCAGCCAAUACCUGCUAUGGUCCGUGCCAAAACUCAAAUGUGCGCUCUUUCAACGAAAAGCUUCGACAGCUGGAAGGAAACUUGAACUGAUCGAGAGACUUGAAUCUUAUGACAGAAAUGAUGAUUUUGUUGGGCCAUCUGUCUCCAUCCCACGUCCAGAUGAUACAUCAUGGCCAGUGUCAGGAUUUCAACAGCUGAUGCCUUCCCAUCGUCAACUGCUGCCUCCCAUUUCCAAAGAAACCAUUGAGGGUUACUUCAUCUACCGUAUGGCAGGAGACAACCAAGCUGCACAUGAUAUCAAGGCCAUAGAGAAAGGUUAUCUGAUGUUUGAGGGGGACAGGGUGCUGGCAUGCAGUGUUAACAUACGUGCAUCUACUGAUGUAUACUUAAGUGGCAUCGUCAGUGCAUCUAUGAAAAACAAGGUCACAUACAAUUACAAGCUGAAGGUAGAGAAGACCGGGGAGCCAGUCAACUCCCACUGCGAGUGUCCUGCAGGGAAAGGACCACAUUCAACCUGUAAGCACAUCGCUGCGGUGCUGUUGAUGUUGGAGCAUUUCAUCUCAACUGGCAGUGUGCAAGUUGGAAAGAGCUGUACCGAAAACUUGCAGUUGUUCCACAAGCCCAAAAAAUCGUACAAAGGAUCACCCGUAACAGCUGCAGAACUGCCGUCAAAAAGAAAAUGGUCACAGCAUAUGCUGGACGAUCCAAGGCCACAAAAAUACAGACACAUGAGUGGCUACAAUGAUCAUGUGCGCAACAUGAUGACAAACUACUGCGCAAAGUCAUCUCAUAAUAUCGCCCUUAGAUAUGUUCACCCAAAAGCUGAUGUCCAGACAGCUGCUGAGGACCAUCACUACCUUAAACAGCCAUUUACAGAGUACAUGGUUGACAUGGCACUGAAGGUAACUGAGGAAUCUGCGAAAGAUAUUGAGGCAGCAACGCAAGACCAGUCCCGGAGCCCAGUGUGGCACACAGAAAGAAAGUGGCGCCUCACAGCCUCAAGGUUUGGUGAAGUGACCAAAAUGACCAACCGAAGAAAUAAGGAGAAGUUAUGUAAAUCAAUUGUGUCCACAAAAUUUUUAUCAUGUAAGCCUGUAAUUCAUGGAAAGCAGUAUGAAAAAAGAGCACUUUCAAAAUUUGAAUCCAUGUACAAUAUCAAAACAAAAAAGGCAGGUCUAUUUGUUUCCUGUUCUGAACCCUAUCUGGGUGCUACGCCAGAUGCCAUUAUUGAUGCUGAUAUCUUGGUGGAGGUGAAAUGUCCAUAUGCUGGAAGAAAUGAUCACAUUAAACCUGGUAAACAUUUUCCAUAUCUUCAUUACAAUGUAAACAAUCAGAUUUGUUUAAAUCCCAGUAGUCACUACUACUGUCAGGUACAGGGACAGAUGUACUUAGCAAAGCGUCAAUUUUGCUAUUUUGUUGUUUACACAUUCUGUGACAUGUUUGUAGAAAAGGUCAGUGUUGAUAAAGAUUUCUGUCAGUACUCAUUAAUUCCAAAACUUGAACUGUUCUAUACCAAACAUCUAAGACCAUACAUUGCUUCUACAUUGUAAAUCAUGUUUUUUCCCUUUGAUACAUCAUUAAGGCAUUUAUGAGUCCAAGCUUGUGUACCGGUAUGUACCAAUGGUAAUAACCGUAUGUUUGAUUCCCAUUGGGAGUUUGUGUUUGUGUAUUAAGCACAAUCAGGUUGUCUUAUUCCUGAAAUUAACUCAAAAUCUAAAAAUGUCAUACAGUUAUAUCCAGAUCUAAUAGAAAUAUUCCUUUGACUUUUUGUUGAUGAUGGUCUUUUCUCUUAUUCGGUAAUUGGUCUCAAGCGUCAAAUCAACAUUUUGGAAACUUAUUGUGACAAAUGGUGACUGUUCAUCAGUCUUUAUAACUAAAGUAUCAUUUUAUGCUUGGGUGUAGUAAACUCUGUAUCACUUAAAAAAAAUAAUAUCCAAAUAAGUUCACAUAUUUUCCAAAUAUCAAUUUGUUUCACAUGCUCAUGUCAACAUCAAAUGUUCUAUUAAUACAAAUUAUUAUAUUGUGCAUACAUCAUGCAUAUUCUGUGCCUUGAUCUAUAUUUGCAAUGAAUAAGCAAUUUGAAUUGUAAAUCAUACACAUGUCCAAUAUGAUUUAGCUACCAUUAAGACAGUUUAGUGUAGGUUGAAGAUUCAUGAAGAUUCCAUUUGAAGAAUAUACACAGUACUCAACUAAUGUUUCAUAUAUACACACAUGUUUAUUCAGACAUUCAAGAGAAAGAUCUUGGGUUCCCUCCAGAUUUCACUGAACAGGUUUACAACCUGUUACCACAAUGUACAUACACAUUGUAAGAGCAUCGUACAUUGUGGAGCGGUACAUUGUGCUCAGGGGUAA